GAAGAAGAAAAAGAGAAAGAGAGUGAUAAACCCUAUCAUUAUAAAAAUUAAAACCCCACACUCUCACUUGUCGCAAACACCAUACUCUUCAUCGCAAUAAUGGCCACCGCUUCAUCCCAAACCCUUCGAUUCCCCACUCUCUCACUCUCUCUCUCCUCCAAGCUUCCUCUCUCCUCCGCUUUCUCCGUCUCGCUCCGACCGCGCCGCCGCCCUCUCGUCCUUCUCGUCUCCGCCGCGCUCGACGCCAAACCCACGGUGCUCGUGGCGGAGAAGCUCGGCGACGCGGGGCUGAAGCUGCUCAAGGACUUCGCCAACGUGGAUUGCUCCUACAACCUCAGCCCCGAGGAGCUCUGCACUAAGAUCUCGCUCUGCGACGCCCUCAUCGUCCGCAGCGGCACCAAGGUCACGCGCGAGGUCUUCGAGUCCUCCGCCGGCAGACUCAAGGUCGUUGGAAGAGCCGGCGUCGGAAUCGAUAACGUCGAUCUCGCCGCCGCCACCGAGCAUGGCUGCUUGGUCGUUAAUGCUCCCACCGCCAACACCGUCGCCGCCGCCGAGCACGGCAUCGCGCUCCUCGCCGCCAUGGCCAGAAACGUCGCUCAGGCCGACGCGUCCGUCAAGGCUGGGAAGUGGCAGAGGAAUAAGUAUGUUGGAGUUUCCCUUGUUGGGAAGACACUGGCUGUGUUAGGGUUUGGGAAGGUUGGUUCUGAAGUUGCACGGCGUGCCAGGGGGCUUGGUAUGAAUGUCAUUGCGCAUGAUCCUUAUGCUCCUGCAGACCGUGCUAGGGCCAUUGGUGUUGAGCUUGUGAGCUUUGAUGAGGCCAUUGGCUCUGCGGAUUUCAUCUCUCUGCACAUGCCUCUCACAGCUGCUACGUCCAAGAUGCUCAACGAUGAGACUUUUGCGAAGAUGAAGAAGGGCGUUCGCAUAGUCAAUGUUGCUCGUGGAGGAGUCAUUGACGAGGAUGCGCUUGUUAGGGCGCUGGAUUCUGGCAUUGUUGCUCAGGCUGCUCUUGAUGUUUUCACUGAGGAGCCACCCCCCAAAGACAGCAAGUUGAUUAUGCAUGAGCUGGUUACUGCAACACCUCAUCUCGGUGCCAGCACCAUGGAAGCUCAGGAAGGUGUGGCUAUUGAAAUAGCAGAAGCUGUUGUUGGGGCGCUGAAUGGGGAGCUUGCUGCCACUGCAGUCAAUGCACCAAUGGUUCCUUCAGAGGUGUUAACAGAAUUAAAACCAUUCGUUGAUCUUGCUGAGAAACUGGGUAGGCUGGCUGUCCAGCUGGUAGCAGGAGGAAGCGGUGUAAAAACAGUGAAGGUCUCUUAUGCUACCUCUAGGGCCCCUGAUGAUCUUGAUACUCGUCUUCUCCGUGCCAUGAUAACCAAGGGUCUGAUUGAGCCCAUAUCCAGUGUUUUUGUGAACUUAGUUAAUGCUGAUUUCACUGCUAAGCAAAGAGGAAUCAGGAUAACCGAAGAGAAAGUUAUUCUUGAUGGUUCACCUGAGAAUCCACUUGAAUUCAUCCAGGUCCAGAUUGCUAAUGUAGAAUCCCGAUUUGCUAGUGCCAUAUCUGAUUCUGGGGAGAUCAAGGUUGAGGGACGGGUGAAAGAUGGUAUCCCCCAUCUGACAAAGGUUGGUUCUUUUGAAGUUGACGUGAGUUUGGAAGGUAGCAUUAUACUGUGUAGGCAGGUAGAUCAACCAGGCAUGAUCGGAAAGGUUGGGAGCAUUUUGGGUCAGGAGAACGUGAACGUGAGUUUCAUGAGUGUAGGAAGGAUUGCUCCACGCAAGCAAGCUGUAAUGGCAAUUGGAGUGGACGAACAACCUAGCAAGGAAUCCUUGAAGAGGAUUGGAGAAGUUCCUGCAGUCGAAGAGUUCGUUUUCCUCAAGUUGUAAGAUGAAUGAAACUUUAGUCUCUAUUAUUUUUUCCUUUUCCUUUUUUUUUUUUGGUAAUAUGGAUUGGGCAUGGUUGCCGGAUGAGCCCGAUUUUGAUGUAUCAUCAUCAAUUGAGUGUAGCGGUAGUUGUAGGGGACGAGGAAAAGAAUAAUUUUGUUGUGCAUUCGAUAGUCUUAGUCUGUUUUUUAGCGAGUUCUUGCUUGUUCAUUUUGCCUUUUUAUUUGAAAAAUAAAGAAAAUAAAGAUCACUUGCUAA